CAAGUUUAUACAUGAAAUACUUAACUUUAUAUUAAAAAUAAACACUGGAGUUUCCCAACAAAAUACUUAUAGGUUCUUUGAGUAGUUAGUAAAAAUAAUGUAGAUACCAUUAAAGAUAUCAAAAAAGCAUUCAUGAAGAAAACGGAGGAAAAAUCAAAAGCAAAGCCAAUUUCAACAAAGUAUCUAAAGGAAGCGGAAUGGUUUAAAGCAAAAUAUGAGAGAGAAAUAAAAAAGAGUUUAACUAGAAAAGAAACCAGUUUAACCGAUUUUCAAGAAUAUUUCAGACGCCGACAAAAACCUAGGUCUCGUUCAUACAGAGAAUAUAAAGAGAGGGCUCGGCCUGAUAACAUACCCGAUGUGGUAUGGCGAGGACCACUAAUGAAAAAAUGUACUUGUGCUCCUGGAAGAGAUUGUGAAUGUCGAGGGCACAUUGUAUCACCUGCUACAUUUAUCCCUUUUGAAAUACGUUAUACAUGGCAGCCGAUGUACUACCUACGUGCAUUGACUUUAUUUAAGAAAUGGCAACCUGAAGAGCCAGAAAGGAAUUUCGCACAGCGAUUUUUCCAGUCGGUUUAUAUUGAAAAACUCGUCUACAAAAAACUUAAGGAAAUGGAUGCCCUGGAAGCCCGUGGACCUGAACUCUGCUUUAACAGAUGCUUACACCACUACAUACCAGAAGCAGAGUCACGAAAUUUAUACGUGAAUUUGAAAAAAGAAUUAAGAUAUUUAUCCAAGGGUGUUUUUGAGCCGGAAAAAGAAGAACAGGUUGUGACUGAAGAGAACGAAUCUCCGGAAGAGGUACAGGAUACAGACGAUCUUGACGAGGAAGAUGCAAUCAUUGAUGAAUCUUAUAGCACUGAGGAUCUUGAACAGGCAGAUAAAAUCGAUUUAUUACAGAGUGAUGAUAAUCUUGGACUGGCGAAUACAAUCAUUGACGGAUAUUAUAGGACUGUUGCAACGCAAGCGACGACUGAUCCAAACGGUGAAUUUAUAAUAAAAAAUAUUUCACAUAUUCUUUUCGGAAGUAUCAAAGCGUAUAAUAUAUGUGACAUAGAUGGCAAAAAAGUAAAUGUCUUCUGUUUCGAAGAACCUGACAUUGGAGAAGAUUUACCAACUAUCACCAGUAAAUUGGAGAACUUAUUUAGUUUCAAAGGGAUUACAAAUCGAAUAUCAAAAUUUACAAACAAAUUAUAUUCAUCUAUUAUUGAGAUUAAAGAUACGGGUAUUCCAGUAAAUACUCAAGCUACGCAAGAUCCACCACUUGAUGAUUACUAUCAAUCAAUAAUAGAAAGUUCACCAAAAGAUCUUUAUUCAGAAAGUCAUGCGGAAUCAUGCCUAUGUUGCAAAUAUUAUAAAAAAUAUUCACAUACUUUUGAAGAAAUUAGAGACGAAAAUGAAUUUCAAACUAAAGGAAGUGAUUCUUUUCCUCAUUUAUCUUUAAGCACAUCCGAGAAAAAAGACAAUGAAGUUAAAGAUGAGAAACUAAUAGAAGAUAUAACAGCUCAAAAGUUUGAUGAUUCCUCCAUAUUAUUACCACAAAGAGAUAUUCCAGAAGAUAAUAUUGCUCUAACAAAAUAAUUUGAUAAAAAUGAGA